GGAGACUUCAAUUCACAAACGCAUGAAGACAGCUGCAUACACAUGAAGGGUCCACUGUAGGCACGUCCAUCCAGCCAGCCAGCCAGCACCGCGACGCACCUCACGCACACAGACAGACAGACAGACAGACGCACAGACAGCGACGGAAGCAGACAGGCAGAGGACGGCACACACGCACAUGUCAGCCACCCACUCACCCGAGUGAGCGAGUCGCUGCGAGGUUAAAAAGCGACUCUUGGGUAGGUGGGUGUACGUCACUCAUGUUGGGUGGGGUGUGUGGCUCUCUCCUCCAUCCAUCCAUCGCACGACAAGUGUAUGAUACAUACAGACAGAGACGAUAGACAAAAGGCCACUUUGCUUUGCUCGCAGACAGACAGACACUCAUUGAUUGGAUUGGGGGGAAAUGACGGCACGACGGACGGGUGCUAAGCAGAGAGAGGGAGGGAGAGGGGGGAGAGGGGGUUCAAAAGGCAGGCCGACAGACAGACAGACAGACAGACAGAGAGGCUGUGAGAUCGAUCUCGUCAAAACGGCUGCCUGCCUCCAUGCCAUCCAAUCACUGAUGCAGCUCUACUAAUCAUCCUCCCUCCCUCCCUCUCAUCUUCCCUGUCUGCCUGCCUGUCUGCCUGCCGUGUGCCGCUCUGCACCCCACACACGACCGAGAAAAAAGCAACGAACCAUCCAUUCAUGCCCCCAUCCUCGGUGCGGCGUAUCUAUGGCGCCCACAGACAGACUCAGACAGACAUACGCACACGCACGCACGUACAGAUAGGUACGUCCACUGACUGCACUCCAUCCAUCCAUCCAUGCAUGGGCAGUCAGUAACAAAUAAAUCACCUUCUCGUCUCGUCGCUAGCUAUCCCCCAGUCUCCAGCUACACAUCUGUCUGUCUGUGUGUCUGUGUGUGUGUCUGUCGUCAAGCGGCUACCCCAGCUUGAGAGCCCGCUCCCUCCUGAUGGUCCGGUUGAUGCCGUGCGGCUCGUCGUGCUCAACUGCACACACACACACACACACACGCAGUUCUGUGGGAAUGGUGCAGCGUGGGUGUGUGUGUGUGUGUUUCUUACGCAGCAGUGCGACGGCGGGGUCAUGCCCCUGUGCAUCUGCUUCCGUCACAUCCGACCACACGGCAUCUGCAGGACAGGACACCCAACACACACAACACAUAUACACCAACCAGGUCGACACGAGCUGACAGACAUAGAGAUUUGUCGGCUCGCUCACCGUCUUUGAGGAAGCCUUUGGUGCCGUCCAGGUGCCGCUUGAAGAACCGCCAACUGCACACACACAAAACACCACACCCCACAUCACACCACAUCACAUUCAGUUGUGUGUGUGUGUGUACCUUGAGAAUUCGCUCUUGGGGAGCUGCAGUUUGUGUCGUAUCUUGGCCUUGAUUUCAGACACCCUCUCGCCAGUCUGCACACACACACACACACACACACACACAGGGAGGAAUGUUAUGUUGCUGGCCGGUUUGGUUUGUUGGGUGUGUGGCUAUGUGUUUGUUGCUGGCUGGCUGACUGACCUCGACAGCGAUGAGGAAGGGGUUGCCGAACCGCUUGCCGUCCUUAUUGGCGUGAAACACCUUCACCACCUGCCAUACCACACACACACACGCCAAGCAAACAAACACACACGCGUCAAUGUGUGGCUGGGCGUCAGCCAGCCCAACGCACCCACCCACCUUUGCCUUCUCCUUUUUGAUCUUGUCCUUGGUCUGUGGGUCCCAGUCCGGCUCGACCCUCAGUGUCCAAUAAAGGAUGUUGGCCCGCGGCUCCCAGGACUCCUCGCCGUCCUUCUCCGUCCGCUGCUGCAGCCGCCGGCUGCCCCGCUGCUGCUGCGGCCGGCCGCUGCCGUGGUGGUCCUUGUCGCUGCCAUUGUUGCCCGACGAGUGGGGCCAGAGGGCCUUGAGCGAAAAGUCAAGGCGCUUCCCCUCGUGCACCUGGAAGUAGCUGUCGUAGUGGUGCUUGGGCGGGGGCGGCUGGCUGCUGUGCCAGACGAGAGCGUCGGGCCGCUGGCCACCCACUCCUGGGCACUCGAUGAGCCGCAGGGGGGUGUCAGGCUGGGGAUCGAAGCCGCGCGACCGCAUCUCGGGAGUGAUCUUGCGGCGGACCUCCUGCAGGAGGUCGUUGAGGGUGGGCGACGUGGAGCUGGGCUCUGGGAGGUACAGCACCAUGUAGCCGACGCAGUGGACCUGGUCGUUGAAGACCCGGACCACCCACGGCUUCAUCCGGACGCUCUGGCAGACAGACAAGGAAACACACACCAUACCAUACAUAGAGACGGUGAGACGUGACGGCCGGACAGUGCGUGGUUUGUCGGGUGUGUUCCUGUGGUGCUGUGUGGGUGCUUUGCUCACUGCCAGUGUGAGAGAGACCAUGCGUCUCUUGGGGAAGGGCAGCUUCACCACAUGGGCCACAGCGAGGUCGUGAGAGUAGGAGGGAAAGAGCUGCUGCACGUCCAUCUCGUAGUGCAGGACGAAGGCGUUGUUGGUCCGGUCGUCGUAGGGGUCGAUCAUCCGCGACACACGGUCCGAGGAGAGGUUGACGGGCGAUGUGGCGUAGGCGUAGGGGUGCCGCGAGAAGACCCAUAUCAUCUCGGGGUUGACGUCCAGGUGCCACGCCAUCGCCUCAUACACCUGCACACACACACAGAGAGACAGAGAGAGAGAGAUGGCCGCACACACACACACACACACACACAGAGAGAGAGAGAGAGAGAUGGCCGUUUGAACCAUUGACCAUGUGUGAGUGUGUGUUUGGGAGAGAGGGAAUAGGGAGGAGACUAACGUGUGUACCUCUGCCUCCUUCCACCGCGUGUCGACGGUGAUCUCCACCGUCUUGACGGGCCGGUACUUGGGAUGGUUGCCAAACUCGUCCACACACGCGUCCAUCACCGAACCACCACCUCCUCCACCGCCACCCUGGCCGCCGCCCUUCUUCUCGCCCUCACCACCACCGCCCCCAAUCUGCUGGUCCUUGUCGACCGGCGAGGCGCCGCCGCCCCCGCCCUCUGCCGAGCCGCCCUCAGACAUGACAGCGUCUUCCUUGCUGCCAUUCUGCAUCAUGGCUGAUGGCGGGGAGGGUCCUGGCUCGGCGGGGGACAUGCUGGCAUCCGCGUCGCCGCCCUUCUUGCCCUCCUGCUGGCCGCCGCCGGACGCCUCUCGCUGCCGCUCCUUCUCACGGUCCUCUGACACCAGACGAAGGAGCUCCCCCGAGACGCCCUCGUGCUCCGACAAAAUCUGAAUCAACCAACGAUGAGUGGAUGAGUGGAUGGAUGAGGCAAAGGAUGGAUAUCUCUUGGUCUGUCUGUCUGUCUGUCUAUGUGUGUGUCAGUUCAGUCACCUGGAGGGCGUUGUAGAGUUUGACGACCAUGGUGCGCUUGCAGCUUCUGUUCUUGACCCACUGGUGAGGCUCCUUGUCGGGGAAGUAGGCCUCGAUAGGCCCCUCCGGCAGCUGCUUCUCCAUCGCCGAAGCGUGUUCCAGCGCAGCGUCAACCGCCAAGUCCAUCAGUGCCGCAGGCGGGAGCGGCUUGGUCGGCACCCGAACCGACUGGCUGUCCGAUGACGUCGUCGUCGUCACCACCGCACGAUCGCCCUCCUCUCCCCCGCCCGCAGCCGCACUGACACCUGACGCAUCGGCCAAAGGUGUCUGUCCAUUCGGGAGCUCCGGCGCGGCGGGCCGGGCGUCGUGCAUCUCUUGGUCGGGUGGCUGGGCGGGGACGGCUGCAUCGGCCGCCUCGGUCUCCUGCGCCGCCCCCUCUUGGUCGACGAUGCGCUGCGCCCUGGGUUCGAAGCGCUCGUCGAUGUCCUUCUCGAUGCGGUCGUAUGUGCGCUGCAGGUCGUUCUCACGGUCCCACCUGUCCUUGUUGUACUUGUCCUCCCUCGCCCUGUCUCUCUCCGCUUCUGUCUCCGAGACGGAGCGGCACACGACGAGGACGUCGCCGUUGAUGAUGUUGGCGCGGUCGAAGUAGGUCUGGGGGUUGAUCUUGGCGUAGGCCCGGCCGGCCUUCUGCUCCUCGAACAGUUGGUAGAAGGGCAUGUGGGCCCACAGGUGGGGGCGGUCGUAGGCGUCGCGGUGGCGCAGGGGGUCCACGGACGAGGAGUGCUGCUGCCACGCGUAGCCGCGCCAGUCAUCGGGCGGCAGGACCAGACGGCCGGCGUCGAUCAGGUGCUGUCCGUGCUCCAACAGGCGGAUGAUGCGAUUGUGCGCAAACAGCACUAACACCUGCACACACACGUGCAGAGAGAGAGAGAGAAACAGAGAGACGUGUGAACGAACGACCCUCCAGCCACUGCACUGGGUGUGUUGGGUGUCUGUCUGUCUGUCUGGGGGGGAGGGGGGAUUACGGACCUGGUUGACGUAGACAAUGUUGGCUGCGUCGUUUUUGGAGAACUGCCAGAGGCCGAGGUUGAACAUCUCGUGUGUGAUGAUGUCCCAGUACUUGACGUAGAAGGUCUGGGUGCCGCUCUUCAUCAAGAGGCCCGGGGCGAUCUCGUCCUCUCUCAAGUGCUGCUGCGCGCACUCGUCUCGGUACCACUCCUGCUGGGCCGGGAGCUCGAACCGACGAGGGUUGGUGGCGUGGAAACAGGGGUACCACCUUUGGUGGCACUGGACCAUGACGAACAGCACUGGGUGAGUGCGGUCCCGCCGGACGGCGUAGAGCUCGCUGACGAAUCGCUUCUCGGACUGGGUGACGAUCUUCCAGCGGGGCUCGCACUGGCGGCGGUACUGCACGCUGCCGAGGAAAUUGACGGCGAAGAGCUGGCUGUGAAGGCCCGUCUUGCGGUUGAUGGCCGAGACGAUGUCCCACUGGGAGGCGUCGCGCUUGAUGCCCUCGAGCUCGAACUGGUAGGGCCACUCCAAGGGGCUGGGCCACAUGCCAGGCACCUCAUUGCGGAAGCGGUGCUCCAUCACCACACGGAUCCUGCACACCGACAGACAACACACACAGAUGAGUAGUGGAUGUGCUGUGGUGUCUGGCUGGCCGGAGGGAGGUGCGGACCUCAUGUUGUUUGCGAUUUCCUCUCUGAGUUGGAGGCGCUUGAAGCUCUCCUCCUCCUCUCGCUGCACACGCUUGACCAACUCGGGGUUUGCCUGACAACAAACAGGCCACACAGACACAUCUCUAUCUCCCUCCCUCCCUCCCUCCCUCCCUCCCCCUCUGUGUGGGUGGGCACCCCCCACCUGUUUGGGGUCAGGCUGGCAGAGGAUGUCCUGGGCCUCGCUCUCCUUGACGUAGACGAGCAUGUAGGCGUUGCCGCGCCGCUCGUCGCGCUUCCAGUGGUCGUCCUUGGGCGGCAUGGGCCGGUCCCUGAUCUUCUCGUAGUACUCGCUCUCGGCGAUGAUGAACUUGCCGCCGAAGUUCUCGUCGAUGGCCGCCACGCUAGAGGUCGAGUAGACCGUGUCGUCGUCGAACCGGAUCCACUGGCUGCCGGGGGUCGGCCGGAUGAAGCAGUAGUAAUGGCCACUGCCAACCUCACCUUAGAUUAGAUACACACACACAGACACAGAGAGAGAGAGAGAUCCACCGUGUCGUGUUUGCCGGUCGUUCUCCUUGUCUCUCUUUGUGUGUUGGUGGGGCCGACCUUACCCUGGUGGACGACUACGGUGUGGAGCAUGUAUGUGCCGGCCCCCUGGCAGAAGGGCUCGAGGUCGAGGGUCUCGGGGAACUCGAAGCGGUCGUUCACCUUAGCCAUGUCCAUCCGCUCCAGAUCGAACUGACAAACAGAUAACAACACACAGGGAUGUGUGUGUGUGUGUUGGGGGGGAGCUUCCUCUGUCUCUCUCCCUCUCUGCGUGUGUGUGUACCUGGAAGCGUUUGAGGUGGAAGUGCAGCACCGGUGGGAAUUUGAGGAAGCGCGUGCCCUUCUUGGCGUUCUGCUUGCCGAACUUGUCGGUCUCGUAUUUGUUCUCGCCCUCCAGCAGCUCCUCCUGUGUGUAGUUGCGCAGAGACGCCUCAAGGUUCGAAUGCCCGCGCACAUCCAACUGUGCACACAAAGAAAGACACCCACACACACAUUUUAUGGCACAUGAGGGUCUAGGGCUGUGUGUGUGUGUGGGGUGGGGGGAAGGCUGCACACCGAAAUGUCGUAGAACUUUUCGGUCUUUUUGGAGGUGUAGUCAACCUCAGUGCAGGACACGUACUGCUCGAACUCGCCUUCAAACAGACGGGCAAUGGUGCCGUCCACAGAGGUACCCUGACAACACACGGCACACACAACACAACACAACACAACACACGGCACACAGAAGCCAGCAUGUGCGUGUGUGCGUGUGUGCGUGGGGGGUUAGUGACUGCAGUGACGGACCUUCAUUUGCUCCUCGAGUUUGUCGCAGAGGAGCCUGCUCAGCUCCUGGGCGUCGUGCUGCGUGAAGGCCUCGACCGAGUCCCACCCAAACGACCUGCACCACAACACACACACACAUGGAUGAUCUAUCUCUUUCCCCCCCUCUCCACUCGCCCUGCGUGUGUGUGUGUGUGUUUGAGUGUACUUGAUGAGUUGGUUGCAGUCGACGGCCUGGUCUGACUGGUGGAGGUAGUGGAAGACCGUCUGCAGUGCCAAAGCCACAGAGGGCGUCUUCUCCUCCUACAUCACACAAUCACACACACAUACACACACACACACAGAAGACACCCACAUACUCGAGUGUUCAGCGUGUGGAAGUGUGGCCCUCGGUGUGUCUUGUCUUGCUUCUUACGGCGAAUGGGUCCAUGUCGGCGUCUCCAUCGCCCUCCGUCUCAGUCUCGCCUACACCACUCUCACUGACACCACAACACAACACAACACACAAGACACCAUACGAACGAUCCACCUCGUCGUGUGUGCGUUAAGCCACCCUCCCCCUCCUCCCCCCUCACCGACCCGUCUCUGUGCGAUCUCUGUCUGUCGGUCCGCUGCGCCUCCUCCGUGUCCAUCGGCAUGGGACCGCUCUCACUCCCACCACGGCCACCGCCACCCACAGGUGGGGGAGGGGGCGGCUUGCCGCCAGCAGGGACGGCGGCUGCUGCAGCGGCAGCAGCAGCAGCAGGAGGUCCCUCUCUCUUGCCGCCGUCUGCCGUGUCCGACGGCGAGGGCGACUCCUUCGUCGAAUCCUUGCCAGCCAGCAGCUGAUAUCACCAGACAGAUAGAGACACACGCACACAGAAAGUGGCUGCGGUGGGGUGCGGUGGGUCAGUCCCCCCCUGUCAGACGCACCUCAACGUCCUUCUCGUGCGUCAUGCGAUAGAUGGCGUCUGUGAGUUUGCCCGUGUGGUAGAGCGACUGCAGGAGGCUGUUCAUGUAGCACGUCGCCCCGCUGUUGCGGAUGCCGAUGUAGCCGUAGUCGCCACGGGGGUUGGUGAAGGGGCCCGUGUUGGCCUCGAUGUACGGCAUCGCCGCCGCCCGCACCACCAGGGCGCCUUCGGGGUCCAGCCACGGGUCCAGCGGCUUCAACUGCACACAACACAGAGAAAUACAGGGACAAGUGGGAGAGAGGCAGGUGUGUGAUUGGGUGGUGUGGGCGGUGUGGGGGCGUACGUCGUCGAGGUUGAUGAACUCGUGAUAUCCUCUGUCGGCGUCCUGCUUGCUGAACGAGUGGUGGUCGGCCUUGUACGCCGAACCACUGCACACACACACGCACACACAGGCGCAGAAACACGAGUUUCCUCCUCCUGCUUGUAUGUGUGUGUGGGUCAGUAGACUGAGAGACUGACCGUAUGUCGUGCCACUUGACGACGAGGAUGGAGUAGCUGGUGUACUGGUACUGCACCAGGGGGUUGAUCUGCUUGUCGAACACACCCUCCACAAAGAUCGACAAGGCCUUCUGGUGGGACCUGCUACACACACAACACGGCAGCCACAGCCACACCCAAUGCACCCAUCCCUCCCUCUCUCUCCCUCUCCCUCCCUCUGACUGUGUGUGCGCGUGUGGGUGUUGGUUACUUGCCGCCCUUGAUGCCCCUGGGGAAGAGCAUGAUUCUGAAAUCGAAUGCGCCGAUCCGCUUCGGCGGCGAAGAGCGGAUGGCCUCCUUGACCUCGAGCGGGGGCGUGGUCUUCAACACGUCCUUGAAAUUCGGUAAACGAAACUCCAUCUGACCCACACAGACCACAGACAGACACAGUGAGUGGGUGUCAUUAAAGGGUGUCAUUGUGGGUCGUGUGGGUCGGGUCGCAUCGCACGCACCUCAUGCUCGCCUAGCGGCGGCAGCUUGUCGCCCGUCCACUCGCACACAAAGGGCGCCUGUGUGGGCUCGCCAUCGGGGUAGCUCGGCAAACCCCUACCCCGCCCACCGGCAGAAGGCGACACACCUCCACCACCACCGCCCCCUCCCCCGCCCCCGCCGUGACUCAUCCGCCCGUGGGCGUGCUGCUGCUGCUGCUGCUGCUGUGCGGGGGAGAGAGCGCCGACCUCCCGGCCAGUGGUGCCGCCCUCUGCGCCCAUGAUGCCCCUGACGACCCCGCCGACGGUGCGGGUGAAUCCGGUCAUGGUGUAGUUGCUCCACCCACCGGCUUCCACCUGCUCGAUGGACUCGCCGAUGCCGCCCCCACCCCCGCCGGCCGUGGGGUGCUGUGAGGGGUGGGUGUCGCCCAUGGACAUGUCCUCGCCCAUGCGGGAGUUGCCGCCGCCCAUGAGUGGUGGGUCCUGAGGAGGAGGCUGAGGCUGCUCGGGGUCCGAGAUGGCCUGCUGCUGCUGCUGCUGAGCCGUGUGGUGCUGUUGCUGGGCAGCAAGGGGGUUAUUGGUGGUGUUGGUGGUGUUGGCUGUGCUCGUCUCAGUCUGGAUUGCGGUCUCGGUCGGCUGCUGCUGCUGCUGCUGCUGCUGGUGAGCCGUGUGGUGGUGGGGCUGCUCUUCCUGUGGGCUGGUUGCCGUGGUCUGGUUGGCCUCAGUCGUCGGGUCAGGGACCUGACACACACAGCACAGACAGACACAUGAAUGAGGACAUUCGACUAUGGACCCUCCUGAUGUGGAUCUGGAUGUUGUGCCUCGUGUGGUGUGGUGUGGUGUGGUGUGGUGUGCGCACCUGUGUGGUGUCUACAGGUCCGUUGUCCGUCUCGGUCUGCUGGUGCUGCUGGUGCUGCUGCUGCUGGUGCCUGGUUUGCGAUGUGGAGAGAGGGCCGCCGAGCGACGGCAGCACUGUCGGGUCUGGGACGCCCGACGCCGCACUCGUGAGAACCUCCUGGUGGUCUUGCUGCUGGUGGUGGUCGUCGGAGUGCGUGUGGUUGCUGUUGGUGCUGUUGGUGUGUUGGUGCAGUAUCGGCACUGUGGGGAAUGGGGGCAGGGCCUGUGCAGAGACACCGACAGCGUCUACACUCUGUGAGCACCCCGUUGUUGAGUCUUGGGGAGCCGGGGAGGGGAGGGGAGCCGGGGAGGGGUCGGAGUGGUGCUGCUGGGGAUUGACAGACACUGACACAGACACAGACACAGGCGCGGGCGGUGGGGCUGCUGGGGGGCCGGCCGACGAUAGGCAGGGCUCGACCACCGAUGGCAGGCCGUUCUCCUGGGGCAAAGAAGGCUGGUGCUGACGCUGCUGAUGCGGCUCGACGAUCGACUGGUCGGGCGCCUCAGCAGGCUGCUGCUCUUCCUGCUGGUCGGCAGCAGGAACAGAUGGGUCAACUGUACUUGACUCUACAGCCAAAUCUGACACGCAGCACACACACAUACACACACAUACUAGGGCAGCCAGUGGUGCGUUGGCUGGUGCUCUCUGCGGGUCAAG